AAUUUCAUUAAGAUUGCACAACCUCCACACACUUCCAAACACACAAAAGAGAGAGACAAAUAUAAUAUAAAUCAAGAACCCUAACAAUCAAAACCAGUAAAAGCAAAUUAAUCUUUCCUCUUUUUCUUCUUCUUCUUCUUCUUCUUCCUUAAGCUAGCUAGUAGUACCCUUGUUCUUGAAAUUAGGGUUACUUUCCUAUCCCCUUUCCAUCAAAUUCUCCAGAGACCUUUAAAUACUCAAAAGAUCAGAUCUUUCCUCAGAAAUAGAGAUACCCAACUCAGGUUUUUGUGUGUCUGUAUAUAGAUAAACAUUACAUACCCAUAUUUUGUGUGUGUGUACGUACAUAUAUAAAAGUGGAAAUAAGGGUAACAAAAGAAAAAAGAAAUGGGAAGAGGAAGAGUAGAGCUGAAGAGGAUAGAGAACAAAAUCAACAGACAAGUAACGUUUGCAAAGCGUAGGAACGGUUUGUUGAAGAAAGCUUAUGAAUUGUCUGUUCUUUGCGAUGCUGAGGUUGCUCUCAUCAUCUUCUCCAACCGUGGAAAGCUCUAUGAGUUUUGCAGCUCCCCCAACAUGCUCAAGACAUUGGAUCGGUACCAGAAAUGCAGCUAUGGCUCUAUUGAAGUCAACAACAAACCUGCCAAAGAACUAGAGAACAGCUACAGAGAGUAUCUGAAGCUUAAGGGUAGAUAUGAGAACCUUCAGCGUCAACAGAGAAAUCUUCUUGGGGAGGAUUUAGGACCUCUUAAUUCAAAGGAGCUAGAACAGCUUGAACGUCAACUUGACGGCUCUCUCAAGCAAGUUCGGUCCAUCAAGACACAGUACAUGCUUGAUCAGCUCUCUGAUCUUCAAAAUAAAGAGCAAAUGCUGCUUGAGACCAAUAGAGCUUUGGCAAUGAAGCUGGAUGACAUGAUUGGUGUGAGAACUCAUCAUCAUAUGGGAGGAGGAGGGGGAGGAUGGGAUGGGGGUGAACAGAAUGUUACCUAUGCGCACCAUCAAGUUCAAUCUCAGGGACUAUACCAGCCUCUUGAAUGCAAUCCAACUCUACAAAUCGGGUAUGACAAUACAGUAUGCUCAGAGCAAAUAACUGCAACAACAACACAAGCUCAGGCACAGCCGGGAAAUGGUUACAUCCCAGGGUGGAUGCUUUGAGAGCCAUCUUCUGUGAUCAAGCUCACCAACAAAAACCUUUUUAUAUAUAUAAAAAAAAAGUAUAGACAAAAGACUUUGAUUUGUAGACAUAAUAAGUACGUGGCUAUAUAUUAUGGUCCAGAGGAUCUUGCUUAUAUUAUUAAGGAUUGAAAUGUGUGGAA